AUAUUUCACUGCAAAAAACAGCUUUGUGUGCAACCAGCAUGGAAAAAUAGGCAUCCAAAAUUAACAGUACUGUUAUAGUUCAAAUGGAAAAAACUGAUCAUUUUCGUCUAAAAAACCUUCCGCCACAAAAUAUAGUCCCUAGCUUAAUUCUACUUGAAUGGAAUUUAAUCGCGGUUUUUUUCAUUGAAUAUAGUUUAAUUUGCAUUGUAGAAUUCAGUUUUAUUGUUGGAACCUAAAAAUGAUGCUUAAUUUUAUGAAUAAAGGACCUGCGCGAAAUACGCUCAAAAUAUCAGGAUCGAACGUCCUUAAAUUGCUCUUAACAGAAAUAAUUAACAAUGGAAUACGUGAUAAUGAUAAAUUACUGUGUUCCUAUCAUAUGAAGACAGCAGUUUUCUGGGUGAUUCAACAGAAUACAUUACAACACUGGUGUCCACAAACUCUCCUGGAGUGUUUCUGGGUCUGUUUUAAACUCAUCCUUAAGUGGGUGUACGAGGGGGUAUGUCCAAACUUUUUCAUUCCCCAAAAUAACAUGUUUCUGAGUAAAGUCCAUGGUGAAGCACAACAUCAGCUAUUUAGAAGACUGUAUGGGUUGUAUGAGAAAGGUUUAGCAUUCCUGCUACACAGUCCCUCCAUUAGGUCUUGUAUUAUAAAUAUCCUCCAUAACCCCCACCUCUCCAUCUGUACAGACGAACAUACUCUGAAUUCUGAGGCAAAGUUGGAUAGAGAGCUCUUUCAAGAGAUUUACGCGUAUGACUCACUUCACAUACCAAACCUAAAAAUCUGUAUGAGGUCUCUACAUAUAAUAGAACAGAUGAAAGGCUUACCUCUCCUUAAACAGUAUCAAGUUGUGCUGCUACAGAAACUUACAGCGGCAGUGCUUCAGAAAGCAGCUUUUAUGUUACACAUGGAAACUUACACACAUAAAAACAAACUGAGGUAUAGGGCUGACAAAAUCUCCUGUCACAUGCUGAAAUUAGCAGCCAAGUUUGGUUGUAUUACUGAUAUGCUAUACAUAGCCAUGUAUUCUUAUAAGACACUUAGAUACAAGGAAGCUUUAUCUAUUAUAGAGAUGAGCAAGGUCAAUUUAGCACAGCCAUAUGUAAUAUAUAUUGGUAAUGUAGAUUCAGAGAUGUAUACUGAGGCGGUAGGGGGACAGUCCUGGUCUACAAAGAUGAGACAGGCUGUAGCUUGCAAUAUCCUGCUUGAAAAUAAAAUUCAUUACAUCAAUGAGUUAUUACCAGAACAAAUGUCUAGUUUACAGAACAAGGUGCCAGUAUUAUGUAUCCCACCAUUUGUACUGUUAUCCAUGCUAGAGAUCUUGUGCUACAGACAUGUAGACACAAUGAGAGCACAAACAGCUCUAGAUGAUCUACAGACCCUAGUUCACUAUGAUCAGGGACAGUUUAUACCUUUACUCUCCAGAGACAUAUCGUGGCAGAUUCUGGGGAUCUGUCAACAGGUGACAGGGAACCUCCAGGCUGCUCUAUACUCAUACCAACAAUCACUUAGACAAAAACCAGUCCAUGAAAUACACACAGCUACAGAAAUUAGAAUACAGGGAACUUGUCACUAA